AUGGGGCCCCAACCUGUUGCCAGUAAGAAGCCCUCCAGUCGUGCACGGCGGAGGGCAAAGUCAUCCGUUAAUGCUGCAGCAGCAGCACCUGCAGCAGCAGGACCGUCAUCAGCUGCAGCAGCACCGUCAGCAGCUGCAGCAGCACCGUCAGCAGCAGCAGCAGCAGCAAGUGUAGUACCAGCUGUGGCACCAGCUGCAGCUGCAAAUGGAGCGCCAUAUGCCGCUUCAUCUACAGCUGCCGCUGCCGCUUCAGCUGCAGCACAACCUGCAGCAGCAGUAUCAAGUCAAGCAGUUGCAGCAAAUGAAGCAGCUGCACCAAGUGAAGCAACUGCUUCAUCUGUGCAACGCAGAGGAGCCUUCACGUCUGGGCCUGGGGAGUCAUAUUCAGAUUCAAUACAGGCCCCAAGGCCAGAGGAAGCAGUUGCUAUUGAGGGGCGUUGCAGCGCCUCCUCAGGUGUUAAGAAGAACCCCCCAGGGAGUGUACGCUGGGGCAGCAGCAAUUCUUUGUUGCCUUUGGUGCCUACCCCAUUGGCUUGUCGGUUAUUAGAAAAGCUGCUCUGGGCAUACAACUCGCGGAGGUGGGGAGUGAGGCCCCCUGUGCUGCUGCACGGCUCUCCGGGCAGUGGUAAGAGUUCGUAUAUUCGAUGGCUUGCACAAACUGUGGGGGUACAGCGGCCGCCUGUCAGUCUCUUCCUUGAUCAGCAAACAGAAGCAAAAGACCUUGUCGGGUCUUGGGUGUGUGGGCGGCGUGCUGGGGAGUUUGAGUGGCAGGAGGGCAUCUUGACACGGUGCGUACGAGAGGGGCGAUGGAUAGUGAUAGAGCAGCUGCAGCAGCUGGCGCAGGAUGUGCAUGCGCUGCUGCACGGCCUUACAGCAACAGGCAGCCUUGCAGUACACGAGCAGCAGCAGCAGUUGCGCGUACACCCCGACUUCGCCCUCUUCGCUACCCUUGCUGCCCCCGUGCGCCACUUCCGCACCAACAAACGCAGCAAAGCAGCAGCAGAAGAAGCGGCAGAAGAGAAGGGAGCAGCUGGGGAGCGCCCUGAAGAAUGUCUUGAUGCUGUAUUAACUGCGCCUCCGCCUCCCCUGUCGCCUUUGUUAGAGUCGUGGGUGUUGCUGCAUGUGCCACCUCCUUCAGCAGCAGACGUCCAUCAGAUUGUUAGUCAUUCAUUUCCUGCUGUUGCGCCUGUUGCUGCAAGGCUACAGAAGGCCUUUGAUGCUGCAGCAGCAACUGCAGCAGCAGGCCUCACUAGGCCGGGUCUGCCGCCUCCCAAGGCGGCGCGGCUGCCUCAGCUGAGGGACUUUGUGAAGCUCUGCAGACGGUUGCAGACACUAGCUACUGCUGCUGCCAGCAGCAGCAGCAGCAGCAGCGGGAGUAUCUUUGAGGGGUUCCUGACGGAUCGGCUGAGGCUGCGAGUAGUAGAAGAGGCAGCAGCAGUGUUGCUGGGCCACCUGAGUGAUAGACAGCUGCGGCUGCGUGCUGCUGUAGCAUUCGCUGCUAUAUGGGAUGUGCAUGAAGGUCAGGUAGAGGCGCUGCUCUUCAGCCAGAGACCGGUGCUUCGCGAGACAGCAGAAGCCCUUCAAAUCGGGCCUUAUACCCUACCUAAACCGGAGCCCCCGGAGGGGCCACCCAGCAGCAGCACCGCAGAGGGCAGCGACAUUCUUAUGUUGGGAGGAGAUGAAGAGACAGCAGCAGCAGCAGCAGCAGUAGAAGGUGCUGCUGGCGCUGCUGACGACUUGGGGGAGCCUGCAGCAGGAGCAGAGCUGCUGACGGGGCAGCAGCUGCGGUUGGUGCAGCAGGCUGGGGGCGCUCUGCAUGCAGAGGAGCCCCUGUUGUUUGUGGGGGAUACGGGGGCUGGCAAGACAUUCAUAGUUUCUUACUUAGCCCGGAGACUGGGGAAAGAACUUAUUGUAGUAAAUCUUCAUCGUCAGAGUGAGGGAGAAGACCUUCUGGGCCGCUGGGUCCCUAGACACCCGCCGCAUGAGGCGCUGCAUCUAUGGCAGCAGCUGCUGCAUCUCGCAGACCUCAUGCUGGGGCCUCCAACAGCCGAAGAUGCUGCGGGCGCCCCACACGCCGACAGCGACGCAGAGGCACCCAAAGUCAAGAAACGCAAGCAGCAGCAACAGCAGCAGCAGCAGCAGCAGCAGCAACAGCAGCAGCGGUCAAACCUUAUAGAGUCCAUGAGACAGAUGAUGCUCAGGGUGAGACGAGGAGGGUCCCGUCUGCUGCAGCGUGAGGCCUACAUAGCGUUGCUUAGGCUGGCAGCAGCAGCUAACACUGCUCUGCUGCAGCUGCUGCGGAAAUGCGGUAAUAUCUUGCCGGUGGUCUGCACCGCUACACCGCCGCAGCAACAGCAGCAGCAGCAGCAGCAACAACAGCAGCAGGAGCGCGUGUCAGUCGGUGAGCUGCUGGCACGUUGCACAGAUCUGCAGACAUCUUUUGAUGCUCUUUUAGGGGACCCUGCCCUCGCAGACUGCAGUGCUGCAGCACCGCGUAAGUUUCAAUCCCUUGUUGACGCUUGUGGCUUGCGAGGGUUCUUAUCUGCUGCUGGUGAGGAGUGGGAGGCAGCAGCUGCAGCAACAGCAGCUGCUGCAGCUCCAGGAGGGGCCCGCAAGAGGCGCAGCCAGCUGCACUUUGUCUUCACUGAGGGCCCCCUUGUCGAAGCUGUGAGAACAGGGAAGUGGCUGCUGCUGGAUGAAAUCAAUCUUGCUCCUCCUGAUCUGCUGCAGCGGCUUCUGGGGCUGCUGGAGGAGCCUCAGGAGCCGUUGCUGCUGCUUGAAGGGGGUAAGCCCCGCCGGGUGUACAGACAUCCCAACUUCCGUGUCUUUGCAUGCAUGAAUCCCCCUAUGCUUGCGCCUCCCCUUCGACUGGCGGAGCACAAGUUAUCUUUUGACGACGAAGAGGAGCCCCACAACGCAGAAGAUGCCUUGCAGCAGCAGCAGCAGCAGCAGCGAGGGAAUGAUGCACCUACCGAUAUGAAUGCGGGUGUUGGGAAGAGAGAAUUGCCUGCUGAAGUGAGGCAGCGAUUUACAGAGUUGUAUGUAGAUGAGACAGAGGGACUCGAGGACAUUACUACAGUUGUGGAUGCGCAUUUGAGGCCUUUGUGUGCGGACCCGCCUUCACGUUUGGUGGCUGAGGUGUAUAUACACCUCAAAUGCUUGGCAGAGGCGGGUCAGCUACUAGACGGCAACAACAAGACCCCUUGCUACUCCUUGCGGACGCUAUCUCGCUCUUUGCUGCAUGCAGCUGCUGUUACCCGGCGGUCUGUGCGGCCGCUGCAGCUUCGUGCAGCAUUAAAAGAGGGUUUUCUUGCUUUGUUUGGCUCUUCGUUGAGCCCUCUCAGUGCUGCAAGAGUCGAGAGGGUCUUAACAAAGGCAUUUAAACCUGCGCUCCCCUCAGAAGGAGCCCCGCGCCCUCCUCUUAGGGGUUCUCCUGCUGCACGCACUGGGCAGCAGCAGCAGCAGCUGCAGCUGCAGCUGCUGCCUGCAGCACCAGGAGAAGAGGCCCACGUGGCAGUAGAGGGAUUCAUCAUCCGCAGAGGAGGGGAGCCAAUAGAUGUGGAGGCCCUGAAGCGGCGGUUUGUGCUGACACCGAAUUCUGAGGUGUACGUACACCGCAUGCUGCGGCUGUUGAGUGGAAGCCGCUGCGCUUUGCUGCUGGAGGGGCCUACGUCUUGCGGGAAGACGUCUUUGGUUUCUUUUCUAGCAGCAGCAACAGGGCACAAGUGCAUUCGCAUAAACAAUCAUGAAAAUACUGAUGUUCAAGAUUAUGUAGGAAGCUACGCCCCAGAUGCAGAGGGCCGCCUUGUCUUCACUGAGGGGCCCCUCACUGUUGCUGUACGCAAUGGCUGGUGGGUCCUCAUUGAUGAGCUCAAUCUCGCUCCCUCCGAUGUCUUAGAAGGUACGCAGCAAAUCGCUAAUGCUGAUGCUGCUGCUGCUUCUACUGGUUCUGCUGCCGCUGCUGCUACUGGUUCUGCUGCUAUUGCUGCUACUGGUUCUACUGCUGCUGCUAUUGCUGCUACUGGUUCUACUGCUGCUGCUGUUGCUGCUGCUGGUUGCACUGCUGCUGCUACUACUGGUAUUGCUGGUGAACGGCUCCGUAAAGAAAAAUCACUAAAUCGUUUGCUCGAUAGCAACAGGGAGCUGCUCCUCCCUGCAACAGGGGAGGUGGUGAAGGCGCAUGAAGACUUUCAGCUCUUCGGUACCCAGAACCCUGCAGGUAUUGGGGUGUAUGGAGGCCGGAAGGUGCUUAGUAGGGCCUUAGCAAAUCGCUUUAUGCAGCUACAAGUAACACCAUUUACUACAAAUGAUCUGCAGCAAAUUCUGCUUACUCGUUGCAGUCUGCCGCUCUCCAGGGCAGAGCCUAUGCUUCGGGUGUAUGUUGACCUGCAGCAGCGCCGCGCAAACAGCUCUGUCUUCUUUGGCGCACACGGCUUUAUGACUAUCCGCGACCUCAUUAGGUGGGGCCGCCGGGUGGGGAACUCCCCAUUUCAGCACCUGCAGCAGCAGCAGCAGCAGCAGCAGAAGCAGCAGCAGAAGCAGCAGCAGGAGCAGGUGCAUGAGUAUGCGCCGAUGUCUUUUGAAGAGGUGGCGUUAGAGGGAUGGCUGCUGGUAGGGGAGAGACUCCGUACAGAAGAAGAUAGAGCUGUUGUUCGUGCGUCUUUAGAGCGUCAUUGUUUAGGGUCGACAGCAACAAAACCCAAACACCUGCACUUUACUUUUGCUGCAGAUCCUUAUGUCUCUGCCUUUCGCCGCUUGCUGCACAGAAAGAUUCAACGCUGCUUGCAGCAGCAGCAAGCAGCAGCAGACGCAGCAGCAGCAGCAGCGGCUGCUGCAGCACAUGCGGCGGCUCUAAGCGAUGCGCCGGAAGGUGUGCGUAGGGAAGCCGAGGCAGCAGCAGCAGCAGCAGCAGCCACUGCUGCUGCUGCUGCUGCUGCUGCACCAGAGCUACCCGCCUUCCUGCCCUUUUCCUUCAACGCUGCUUCCCUCAGGCUCUUAGCCUUAACCCUGAGGGCCAUGGUGGCUGGGGAGAAUUUGCUGCUCGUUGGAGACACAGGGGCAGGUAAGACUGCAGUGUGCGAGUUGGUUGCAUGGACGCUGCAGCAGGAGCCGCAGCAGCAGCAGCAGCAGCUGCUGCAGCAGCAGGGGGAGGAAGGCCCCACAGCACUAGAAAAGGGCCUUGUGCAGCGACUGUCUCCUAACGGCAUGUACGUUUAUAACUGCCACCUGCAAAUGGAGGCCUCGGAGCUCCUUGGCUGCAUGACUCCUGUGCAUCAAGGCGAGCUGCUGCAGCAGCAGCAGCACGCUGCUGCGCUGCUGCAGCAGAUUCUGGAGAUGCUCGAGCACCCGCCUCCCCCAGAGGACUUGCUUCCCAACUGCGGGCAACUGACGCAGUCUUCAGCAACAGCAGCAGCAGCAACGGCAGCAGGAGCAACAGCAACAGCUGCUGCAGGGGAAGGCGGUUCUGAGGAGAAGAGCGUGACAGCUGAUGGUUUGCUGCUGCGCUUCUACGAGCUGCUGCAGGCAGCAGCAGCAGACGUCGUGAUUUGCUUCCGAGCCCAUAAGGAUAGGGGGGGCUUAGAGAUGGGGGAAGAGGACACCAAUCUCUUUUGUAGGGCCCUCAGCAAGGCAGCCAGACAGGCGCAGCAGCUGCUGCAGCAGGAGACAGAUGCAGCAGCAGCAGCAGCCGCUGAAAAGGAGACCCAUUUCAGACAACAGCUUGAAGUAGCGAGGCGCACACUGCAGCACGAACAAAGCAAACAUCAGCAGCUGCUCCUGCAGCUGCAGCAGCAGGAGCAGGAAGAGCAGCAGCAGCAGAAACAGCAGAAGAAGCAACAAGAAGAACAAGACGUUGCUGGUGCUGAUGGUGGUACGCAUCUCAGACAGCACCGUCAGCAGCAGCAGCAGGAGCAGCAGGAGCAGCAGCAGCAUCAGCAGCAGCAACUGCAAGGGCAGGAGGGGAAGGCAGCAAGGAAGAAACGGCGAAAGGGGACCCGCAACCAGGCAGCAAAGGAGACAGAAGCUGCUGCAGCAGAAGCUGCUGGAGCUGCUCAGGACGUAGAGGAUACAGCGCAGAAGAGACUCAGGAGGUCGUCUCUCAACUCAGGCGCAGCAACAGCAACAGCAACAGCAACAGCAGCACGAGCAGAAGCCAAGGGAAGUGUUCUGCAUGGGGAUGCAGCAGGUGCUACAAGUGCUGCUGCUGCCAAAGAAGACGCUGGCUCAGCAGCAGCAGCACGAGAAGCGCUUGCCGCUGCAGCAGCAGCAGCAUCAGCAGCAGCAGUAUCAGCUGAGGAGGCGGUGGCAUCGGCUGCGUCAUCGCAUGCUGCUGCAGCUGCUUCAGUUGUUGCGCUGCAUGCUGCUGCUGGGGCUGCAGCAGGUAUGGUAAAGGCUUAUACGGAUCAGCUACUGCAACAAUGUGCUGCUUGGCGUGAUGCAUGCAAGCGGACCCGCUGUCUCUUUUGCUGGAGGGACGGGCCCCUUGUAAAGGCAAUGAAAGAAGGCGCUGUCUUCUUAUUAGAUGAGGCCUCUCUUGGUCAAGAUGCUGUCUUAGAGCGCCUCAAUUCCCUGCUAGAGGACGGCAGACAUAUACUACUCACUGAACAAGGUGCUGCAGCAGGGGCUGCUACUGCUGCUACGGCUGCGGACGGCAGCGUCGCCCCAGCAGCAGCAGCAGCAGCAGCAACAGCAGGGGUGGAGGUCCACGCAGCAGCAGGGUUUCGCUUUAUUGCAACAAUGAAUCCAGGAGGAGACUACGGUAAAAGGGAGCUGUCUCCUGCUCUAAGAAAUCGCCUCACUGAGGUGUAUGUACCGGCCUUCAGCUUCGACGCUCCAGACGCUGUGCUGCUGCUGCUGCAGCGGCUGCAGCACACCUGCCUUCGCGGGCUGCAGCUGCCGUACGCAGCGGAGGCCCUGGCGAUGAAGAAGGACAACACCCAAAUGCAGCAGGAGCUGCUGCAGCUAAAGCAGCAGCUGCAGCAGCAACAGCAGCAGCAACAGCAGCCAGAUGAAUCGCAGGGAGACCUGCUCCUCAGCUGCCUCGCUAUACGUCUGGUGCUGCUGCUGAGGUGGGUGCGGCAGCACAUAAAGCAGCCGCUCUCUAUCCGUGAUGCCUUAUGCUGGAUUUGUUUCAUACAUCGUUUUGUUGCUUCUCAACUGCAUGCAGCCCCAAACACACCAGCAGCAGGGGCAGCAACAGCAGCAGCUCGGUGGGCUGUGCAGGGCUUGAUCCACGGUGGCUGUCUGCUGCUGCUGGACGGCCUGGGUGUGGGUGCAGACAUGCUGCUGCCGCAGCAGCAGCUGCAGGCGCUAGCAGAGGGGUACUUCGAGACCGAAGCAAACUUAGCAGCACUGCAUGCGUCACAGGGGAUGGCAGAGGAGGAGCAGCAAGUGCGGCUGCAGCAGGUGCAGCAGAAGCUGCACCAGCAGGUUGCAGAGGCGGCUGCCCAUGCUUCCCGGAGGCCCCAUUUGGGGGUCUUGCUGCUCCUGAAGAUGCAUGCAUGUGGCCUGUAUACCGACCUUGGCUUGUAUAGACACCCUGACCUCCAGAAGCAGCAGCAGCAACAGCAGCAGCAAGCGAAGGCAGCAGGCCCGUGCUGGAGUGAGACGUGUGCUGCCUUUGAAGAAGACGGCUUCGCAUGGGUCUGUGCUGCAUUUGCUGCUCGGGGCAGCAUCGCUGCAUCAGAGGAAGAAGAGAUGCUGGAGGUGGGGCCCUUUAGUCUUGCUGCUUACAAGCAAGCUCCAGGAAGUACAUUGCAGCAGCAGCAGCAGCAACAGCAGAAACAACAACAGCAGCAGCAGCAGCAACAGCUGCAGCAGGUAGACGAGCUUCCUCAAGUGAUUCAAUCCCCCUCUGUGCGGAGGUCUCUAGGGCGGCUGCUUCGUUGUUUGUUGCUGCUCCAGCAGCAGCAGCAGCAGCAGCAGGGAGGGGGCUGUCUAGGCAGCAGCUCGGGGAGACAUGCAGUGCUUCUCGAGGGGCCCCCUGGAGCAGGGAAGACGUUUGUUGUUGGGCUGUUGGCUCGGCUCUGUGGGCGGCAGUUAGUGCGCAUUAAUCUAAGCCAAGACACAGAGCUCGCAGAUUUAUUAGGGGCUGUUGUUCCUGCAGCAGAGAUUGAAGACGAAGAAGAUAAAACAUUCAUUACACCCACCACGCCGCUGCACCCUUCAGCAGCAGCAGCACCACCAACUGCUGCUGCUGCAGCAGCAGCAGAUGGAGACGCGGGAGAGACGCAAGCGCAGACCCCCCAAGUGGAAAGAAAGAAGCCCCCUUUUGUGUGGGUAGACGGGGUAUUAACGCGGAGUCUGCGAGAAGGCCACUGGGUGCUUCUUGAUGAAUUAAACUUGGCGCCGCAGCAAACCCUAGAGGGCCUCAACCCUCUCUUAGAUCAUCGCCGCUGUAUAUAUCUCCCUACACCUGAAGACCCUGAGGUGUUAGUGCAGACAGAGAAAAGUAGCAGCACGAAAGCCUCAGCUUCAGGCUCCGCUGCUGCUGCUGCUGCCGCAGCAGCAGCAACAACAGGAGCAGGAACAGCAAAGAAAGAUGCAGCUGUACACGCACCACCGGGCUUCGUUCUCUUCGCAACGCAAAACCCCCACGCCACUGCAGCAGCAGCAACAGGAGCAGCAGCAGCAGCAGGGAACAGCAGCGGAGACGAAGAGGAAGGGGAAGCAGCGAUAGAAGCUCUGUUGAGGCAAUUGGGCUUGCCCAAAGACCUAACGGACACGCCUUUUAAAACAAAAGGAGACAGCAGAGACACCACACCCAGCAGCAAAGCUGUGCAGGGACGCAAAGGGCUGCCUCAGUCUCUCUUAAACAGAUUUUGCAGGGUCCGCGUAGAUGAGAUGCUGGAGACAGAUAUGGUUGCCAUUGCACACAAACUCCUAGCCUGGCUGCAGCAGCAGCAGCAACAGCAGCAGCAGCAGGAACAGCAGCAGCAGCAGCAACACCAACAGCAGGAGGAAGAGGGGAAAGAGCAGCAGCAGCGGCAGCAGCGGAGUCGGGCUUUGCAAGGCGCCUCUGUGAUGAGGCCGCGGCUAUUGCUGCAGCAGGAGGAGCAGCAGCAGCUGCUGCUGAGUGCAUGCGUUGUGCGCUGCGUCCGUCUGCUGGCGCAGCUUGGGGCUGAACAUUCGUUUAAAGGCCUCACAGAUUCUGUGUACAACCUGAGAGAUGCAAUGAGGAUUAUAAGGCUCUACGCGCACGGGCUGCCAACUGCAGACCCUCGGGGGGCCGUUGCUGUUGCGCUGCUGUCGCGCCUUCGCAGCAGAGAAGACGUGAGGGCAGCAGCUCUUCUGGCUUCUCUGUGUUUCCCUCCGGGCGUGUUUCGGCAGCAGCAGCAGCAGAAGCACGUGCAUGCGCUGCAGCAGCAGCAGGAGCAGCAGCAGCGGGAGGGCGACGAAGUUGCCUUAGACGAUGUUGCUGCUCUGCUGCGGCCCUGGUUGGCUCCUGCUGCGGUGCGGCAUGCAGUGCAGCAGCAGUUGCUGCUGCCUUCUUUAAUGAAUGUUGCUGAUAGACUAUCAGGGAGACAGCCAAUUGAUCUUAUUGUUAGAGACAAUUUUGUCUCCUUUGGAGACCUGACUCUGCUGCUGGCUCCAGAGGCAGCAACGCCAGCAACCGUGAAGCAGCAAGAGGAGGAGAUGCAUGCAGCAGCACAGCAGCAGCAGCAGAAGGGACAGCUCUGGAAGAGCAGCAUCGUGAGGUGGCUCGCUGCUGCAUGCGGCGCGACUGUAUGCGAGGUGCAGUUGGGGCCCUCCGUUGAUACCUCAGAUCUACUUGGGGUGUACAGGCAGGUGCAGCCAAGACAACGGCUGCUUCAAGCUUCCCGUGCAGCGCAGCAGGUUGCAGACUGUCUGCUGCAGCAGCAGCAGCAGAAGCAGCAGCAGCAGCUGCUGCUGCAGCAGCAGCAGUUGAAGGACUUGCGUGCUGCUGUUGCAGCAGCACGACAGAAGUUGGUAGAUGCUUCAGACUUGGGCGCUGUCUCCGUCUCAGGGAGCGGGGAGGGCAUGCAGCCUGAGGUGCAGCAAAGGACUUUGCUGCAGCAGGUUGCUGCAGCAACAGCAGCAUUACUUGAGGGCUGCAACGCUGCUGUUGCACCUUUGCUUUCUCCUCCGACUGGCAAAGAGGUCGCAGCAACUGAGGCACUACGUGCUGCGCUGCAGCGGCGCAUCCAGAGGGCCCGGCUGCUGCUGCAGCAGGGCUGCGUGUUGUGCGGUCUGCAGCCCAUAGUGUCUGCAGCAACAGGAGCAGCAGCAGCAGCAGCAGCAGAGGAAGAGACCCCUCGUUUUGUAUGGACAGACAGUGCACUCGUAGAGGCCGUACGUCGCGGCCAUUGGCUGCUGCUGCGCAGCGCUCAUCUCUGUAGCGCCUCCGUCUUAGACAGACUUAAUGCAUUGCUAGAAGACGGGGGGAGUCUGCUGCUAACUGAAGGGGGGCCCCCAAGAGAGGUGAAGAGACACCCCAAGUUUAGGAUUCUAUUCACUGCAGAAGCAGCAGCAUCAUGCAGACUCUCCUCAGCCCUGAGAAACAGGUGCUGCGAGGUGUACGUACACCCGCCGGGCACUGUCGCAGCAGCAGCAGCAGAAGCAGCAGCACAAACAUCACAUGCAACGGCCAACUCUACUGCAGAAGAAUGCGAUAUCGACGGAGCAGCAAACCCAAGCCCAACGGCAACAGCAGCAGCAUCAGCAGCAGCAGCAGCAGCAGCAAGACAGCCUUGGCUGCUGGCGGGGCUGACAGAGCGGCUAUUAAUGACGUUUGCAGGCCUCUUGAGGGGCUGUGGGGUUUCUGCUGCACAGGCGACGGGAGGAGACAGUUUGCUGCGAGCGUUGCUAUCUCGAUGGUCUUCAUCGUUGCUGGCAGCAGAGACGGAGCUGGAGGGAGAGCCCAGCGGAGACAAGGCACAGUCUGCUGCAGCAGCAGCAGCAGCAGCUUCAGCAAAUGCUACGCUGCGCGCCGUCGGAGUCUUCAUCAGCUUCUGUUGCAGCAGGGCUCACUGCAGCAGCAGCAGCAGCAGCAGCAGCAGCUACGUACGUUUGUGUCCCCUUUUGCUGCAGGACAGCUACAGGCUGCUGCUGGCGGGAGACACGGGUCUGUCGCUGGCAGCAGCUGAAGUGAUGUCUCUGCAGCACGCAGCUGUGCAGCUGCUGCUGCAGCUACUAGGAGACGAAUCUGCGCUGUCGCAGUUUGCUCUUGCGGCACAGUCGUCGCUGUGUGACGUUCCCCAGCAGCAGCAAGUGCAGCAGCAAGUGCAGCAGCAGCAGGGAGGCACACAAGGAGACAGCAGCAGAGAUGUAGUUGCUGCAGGACUCCAAAGCAUCCGAGAUGAACUUGGAGAGGGGGCUGUUGCUGCUGGCCUUGCUGGUCUACAGGCUAUUGCGCGCAGAGUCGCGGGAAGAAGCAGCAAAGAUGCAGCAGCAGCAGCAGCAGCAAGUUGGAGGUGUCUCCAGGGAUGGGGCAGCUCUUAUGCUGCUGCUGGACGUGUGGAGGGUUCAUACAAUAGACCUGCAGCAGUAGCAGCAACGGGAAGGCCGCAAACAGCAGCAACAGCAGCAACACCAGCAGCAGCAACAGCAGCAACCGCAGCAGCAACUGCAGCAGCAGCAACAACAGACGAUGUCGAUCACAGUGUAUCUGUAGAAACGUUGUUUCAGUGUUUUCUGUGGCAGUACACCGCAGCUGUCGACGCUUCAGCCAUUUGGCGCCUGCUGCUGCUGCAGCUGUUAGCAGCUUGCUGCUGCUGCUGCCGCUCUGUUCCCAGAAGACAGGAAGACAUCAGCAGCUCUGCAGACAGCAGCAACGAUGUGCAGCAAGACACAGACUGGGCCAUCCUGAGGGAGGCUAUAAAGCGACACGUGCUCCUGCACCGUGAAAGCAGCAGCUGCAGCAACAGCAGCAGCAGCAGCAGCAGCAGCAGCGAUGCCGUCGGGGGACUGAUAGCAAGGUCUGUUACCAGUGAGGUCUCCUUUAUUGGAAGUGUUGCUUCUGCUUGUGUUGAGAGGGCUGAGGGGGGUCUUCCGCUGCUUGCUGCAGCAGUGCGCCACUUCAUGUGGGGGGCAGCAGACGCAGAAGAGUUUGCUGCUCGCCUUCGAGCGCUGCAGCAGCUGCAGCAGGAAGCACUGCAGCAGCAUCAGCUGCUGCCGCCGCUGCACCAGCGGCGGCGAAAAACAGCUCUCCGCUAUCUUGCUGCUGCAUGCAGCGCCUUAGAGGAUAUCGCGCAGGGGCCUUUCCUUCUGCCUCCAGGCGCUGCAGCAGCAGCAGCAGCAGCAGCAGGACCAGUUGCUGCUGCAACUGCCGCGCCUCACAGUAGGUCCCUCCUGUACACAGCAGCCCGCCUAUUAAGAACAGUCUCUUCCUCAUGUGUGCAAGGCCUGAAGGGGAACAAUGAAUAUUCAUCUUCGCUGCAGCAGCAGCAGCAGCAGCAGGUGCAGCAGCAGCUGCUCCUGCGCGAGCUAGUCCAUUUAUGCCGCAGUGAGAGCACAGCCUUGCUGCUGCCUGAAAGGUUGCUGCUGCUGCAGCAGCAGAGCAGCAGCAAGGGUCUCUCUAGGAAGUGCCCACGCUGCAGCCUGGAAGGCCAAGGAUUCUUCUGGUGUCUCCUCUUUGCAUGCGUGCUGCCUGUCAAGCAGCAGCAGGGAGAGCAGCAGGAUGUGCUGCAGCAGGAGCUGCUGCAGCAAGAGAUGCAAGAUGAGAAGACACAAGUUAGAGAGAUGAUGCAGCGCUUAUUCGAAGGCCUUCGCCACCUAUCCAGGUGUACGGUGUUUGCUGCUGAUGAGGCCCUUCAUAUGCUGCUGCAGCAGGCAGCUGGGCUGCUGCCUGCUGCAGCUACUGCUGUUGUUGCUGCUGAGGGAUUGGCUACAAGCCUUAUGCAGCAGUCCAGACACCUGACCCGCUGCUUCAUGGCGUGGGCGGAGCUGCUGCAGCUGCUGUCUCUCCCCGUGUGCGGUAGAUGCGGUGUUGCCGCUGCAGCUGCAGAGGAGAAGGAUAAUAACAUUAGCAGCAGCAGCAGAAGCAGCAGCAGCAGCAGAAGCAGAAGCAGCAAACGCCAGCAGCUACUUGGAAACCAGGAGAGGAUGCAGUUGGCCCUGCAACGGCAUGGAGGUGUAUUACUGCUGCUGUUUAAAAUGUUUGCUGAGGGCCUUCAGGGUUUUGCUGCUGCAGCAGCCGCAACGGCUGCUGCGGUCAGAGACUUAGGCAGCUAUAAGGACUGGGAUGCAGCAGCAACAGCAGCAGCAAAAGCAGCAGCAACGACCAAAUUUGUUGCUGCUGAACUCCUCCCGCCGCUUGAUUGCAUACGCACAACGCUCGUGCAUGCAUAUCGUGCUGUCGGUGGCUCAGCAGCAUCCGAGACAGGCGACGGGCUGCUGAGUUUGAUGGACGUGAAGCAGCAGCAGCCGCAGCAGCAGCAUCACAACGAGCAGCAGCUAACACGGAAUGGCGGCUGCUCUGCUGCUGCUAGUGCUGCCGCUGCAGCAGCUGCUGCUGCAGUGUCCUGCAGCAGCUGGAAUUGUCUGCUGCCUCUUCAGUUGGGGCAGCACGAAGCGCAGACAGUGCGGGGUUGGCUGCUGAGAGAGCUGCUGCAUGCAGCAGCCCUUAGGGGAAGCUCAGGCCUUGAGCCGUCAGCAGCAGCAACAGCAGCAACGGGGACGAGUGAGGAACGAGGAGGUGCUUCAUUCUCACAGCGUUUUGCAUGCACAGCCCCGUCUUUAGACAGGGCUCUCCGCUUGCUGCUGCAUGCAGGAAUGCGGCAACUCGGCGGUGAAGAAGGUUCGCAGCAGCAGCGCGAGCAGCAAGAUCAGCAGCAGCAACAGCAGCAGCUGCUUCAAAGUAAGUCGUUGCUUCUCCAUGCUUCGGCGUUGCAUGCGCUGCUUCUCAGCAGCUGCUUGCUGCGAGCAGAAGGCCGCGAAGCAGCAGCAGCGAGGCUAGAGGCCCAGGUCUGCGAGGCGCUGCUGCCUACUAACCAGCGGAAGCCAGCAGCAGCAGUAGCAGCAGCAGCAGCUGCUGCUGCUGCUGCGACGUCUCUCUUUAAGAGCGAACAGGGUAGAGCAGCAGCGUUGCGCGCAGCAGCUGCUGCAGAGGGCCUCAGCGACAGCAAACAGCAACGCUGGGUGUCUCUCAGCAGCAGCGCGGUUGUCUCUAUUGGCGUUUUGCAAGCGCAGCUGGCAGCAGCAGCAGCAGUGCGAUUGGGGCUGCAGCAUGCAGCAGAGCUGCUACUCGCGAACCUGUGGGUGCAGCCGCAUCAGCAGGAGGAGCGAACACGUGCUGCUCCUGCUGUUGCUGUUGCUGCUGCUCGUGAUGGCGAGGGCCCCGUUGACUCCAGGGCUGCUGCUGCUCUUUGCUUAGCGUUGCAGGAGGCUGCAGAGACGCAACUGCAGCAGCAACACCAGGAGCUGCUGCCCGUCUUCACUCUGCCCCCUGCUGCUAUUUGCUGCCUCUCUUCCGGAGACCCUUCGACUGCAUGCAGCGCAGCAGCAAAACCGAUACCCCUCCCGCCAGCGCUGCUGGACGCUGCUGCAGUACUGAUGGCUGCUUUGUGGCAGCAGCAGCAGCAGCAGCGGCAGCAGCAGCAGCAGCAGCAGCUCUUUCGGUUUGCUGCGUGUGCUGCUGUUGAGAUCUUGUCGCUGAUGUGGAGGACAGAGCUCGACUUGCACUGCAACGACGCGUUGGGCCUUAAGGGCGUGCUGCUGCAGCAGCAGCUGCUGCAAGAUGCAUGCGCUCUAGGCAAGGAUGCAGAAGAAGCAGCAGCAGCAGCAGCAGCGUCAGCAAGACGCCCGGCCGCGUUGCUAACACGGCAUGCCUUGGCUCGUCUUGCAGAGACAGCAGGAGGGCUUCGCGGCGCAACAGCAACAGCAGCAGCAGCAACAACAGCAGCAGCAACAGCAGGGUGCGUAGAACGGUCAAUUCAUCUUCAGGAGACAGGGCCCACUGGCAGCAGCUCAACGUACACUGCGCGAAUUCUCGUGGAGGUGCAGCAGCACGCCACUGUCUCCUCAGCUUCUGCAUGCAUCAUUGUGCUGCAGCGGCUGCAGCGGCAGCUGCAGCACCUCGACACCGGAAGCACUAGAGCAAGCAAGCUGUUGGAGGUGGGCCUUGGUGCAGAGACGAUGGAGACAGUGAUGGAGACAGGCGAGGCUUCUGCAGCAAUAGCAGCACCAGCAGCAACAGCAGCAGGAAGUGUGGGGACAGAGGCAGCAGCAGCAGCAGCUGCUGCUGCUGCGGAGUGGGCAGCAGUCGUGGGUUUUGCUGCUGCACUCUGGUCAUUCUGUGCGCCGUUAAACGAAGGAGAGUCUAGUGUUGCGAUUAAGAAGGAGACAGAGGCAGCAGCAGCUGCUGCAGUAUGUAUGGCGCUUAAGGACGCGUGGUCUAGCCUUGCGUGCUUCCUUGGCGGUGGUGCUGCUUCUGCUGCUGCAACAGCAGCAAACAGGAAGGCAGCAGCAGCAGCAGCAGCAAAGGCAGCCGCUUCAAGGCUGCGUGCUGUUGUGCGCGGGUUGCAUGAGACACUACGAGCAGCAGCAGCAACAGCACCUGCUGCUGCUGCUGUUGCUGGUAGCGGCGAAGCACCACCAGUGGCUUAUAUGCGCAGCCUGGAUGCAGGGCAGAGUGCUGCUGCUUCGUUGGUGGUGCUGCAGCAGCUGCUGGAGAUGUGUGCAGCUGCAGCAGAGCCUAGUGAGCUGCUGCUGGGGGACGCUGGCAAGCGGCAACGUUCGUUGCUGCUGCUGCUGCUGGGAAGGUGGGCGGUGUUGAGUGCAGCAGCAGCAGCAGCAGCUGAACUGCAGCAGCAGCGGGAAGUAGCAGCAUGGCGCCAAGCCGUCCAGAUGAAGUCUCAGGCCUACGAAGCUGAGACAGAGGCGCUGCUGCUGCGUGCAGCAGCUCUAGAUGGCUGCGACAGGGUGCAGCAGCAGGAUUGGAGUUGGGGGAUAGGAGGCAGCACCUCAGCCUCUGUAGCACUAGCUGCGGAGACAGAAGUGCAUGCAAAUGCGCUGCAGCAGCUGCUGCAGCAGAGCAACAAAGCAAGUGAUCUGCUGCCCCAUCUAGCUCGCCUUCUCCCGUUGCGAGCAGCAGCCAUUCCUUCAGACUUAGCCCUACGUUUGCUGCCUGCUGCUGCUGCUCCAACUGGUGCAGCAGCAGCAGCAGCACAGGGCGCCGAAGGGGGAGCAGCAGCAACAACAUCAGCAGCAGGGACAGAUGAAGAGGAAGCAGCAGCAGCUGCGCAGCAGCAUGUGCUGCAGCUCAUAGAACGCGGCUCAGCUGUCACUGCUGCACCUGAGGCAGCACUGGCUGCUUGGCUAGAGGGCCUUAAUGAGUUUUGUUGCAGCACCUUGGAGACACAGCGGCUUUUGUCUCUGCUGCCAGAGCUGACGCCUCUGCUGCUGGAGACAGAAGGCGCCGCUGCUGCAGCGCAGCAGACAGGGCCCCGCUCCCCUGCCGCUUUGAGGACAGCAGCAGCAGCUGCUGCUGCAUGCAGCAGCAGCCUCGUUGCUACCCAUCCUCUCCUGCUCGCCCCUGCUGUACGUACAGCUGCAACAGGCCUAUGGGCAGUCGCCAAAGGCCUUUUAGAUGCUGCUGAAGCUACACACUCCCUUCAGCGCCAGCAGCAGCAGCAGCAGCAGAAGCUACUGCUGCAGCAGCAGCAGAUGCGGGCACCUUCACCUGUGUCCUUAGUGCUGCAGGGGGCAGCUUCAUUCCCAGCCUUGCCGUUUGCUGCGCUAACAUCUGACGGAGUCGGUGAGGGUACAGGGCUGCUGCAGCCGCUGCAGCGAGCGCAGUGGUUGCUGUUGUGGCUCCGCGCAGAGGCAGCAGCAGCAACAGCAGCAUCAGCAGCAGCAACAACAACAGGGGGUCGGAGACGCCGGGGCUCAGCAGCAACUGCUAUGAUUUGUACAACGCCCUUUGCUGCUGCACGGCUGGCCUUAGCGGGGCUGCUGCUGCAGGUGUCGCAGCAGCAGCUGGCAUGGAGGAAGCAACGUCAGAUCGCAGCAGAUGAGACUGCGACGCUGCUGCAGCGCUUAGAGGGCCUUGUUGUGGACCGCUCAGCAGCAGCAGCAGCAGGAGGGAAGCAACGGGGAGAUGCAGAAGCAGCAGAAGAACUCUUUCCCUGCAGCAAGGAGUGGACUGAGAUAGGUCAGCAGCAGCAGCAGGAGCUGCAGCAACAGCAGCAUACAGAUACUGAAGAAACCACCCAGUAUACAGCAUGGUGCAAUCAAACCACCUACGAAGCCCAUGAAGAAGACAGCCAGCAGCAGCAGCAGCAGCAGCAGCUUGCACUGCAGCAGCUAGAAGGGCUUACUGAGGAGGACCUGCUGCACAUGUGGGGCAGUGCCGUCGACACUUCAUGUGCAUGGAGCGGCUGCAGCAGCAGCAGCAGCAGCAGCAGCAGCAUCUACAGCAGCGCAGGAAGCGGCGAAGGCGAGGUCGAAUCAACCACCGCAUAUCGCGAAGCCCUCGCGGGCUCUUUCUGUGUUUUAUUGAACGCACACAAUGCGGGCUCAGCAGCAGUACCUCCAGCAGCAGCAGCAGCAGCAGAAGAGGUACGGGUACCUCAAGAGCUCGACAGGUAUUGCUUGCCGCAUAUGCAAGCAAUGCUGGCUCAGACAACUGCCCGCCUCGUAGGGGCGUCUCCACUGCAGCAGCAGCGGCAGGAGCAGCAGUUGAAGCAGCUGCUGCUGCAGGAGGAGGACGCCGCAGCAGAGGCCGAGCAGCAGCAGCAGCAGCUUGACGGGUCUGGCGUUUCUGAGGGAGAUGCAGGAGACAACGCCAUCCAGCAACAGCUGCAGCAAGAGAGACUGCAGCAGCAACGGGAGCGUGCAAGGAAGCUGCGCUUCGCUCAGCUGUGUCGUAGUAUCUCCUUCUCUGGCAGCAGCAAAGGUGCAGCAACAUCUUUUUAUGCUGCUGGCAGCCCCGUGCUGCUGCAGCCACUAAGCGGCCCCGUCCAGGAGUUUCAAGAGGCUGCUGCUUCUUUUGCUGCUGUUGUAGAAGACCACCCUGUGCUGCAGAGUAUGCUGCUGCUUACGCAAAGAGUUGCUGCUCUCUCCCUCCUCAGCACUUCUCCUGCUGAUGCUCUUGCUGCUCUCGAGGGUCUGCUAGACAGAGCAGCAGCUUGGAAGCAGGCGAUGGACAGACACCAACUGGCCCAUCUCAUUGCCUUGCACAUCUCCGCUGCUGCUGCUGCUGCUGCUGCUUCUCCCGCUGGGGGAGCAGCAGGAGCAGCAGCGCAGCAGCAGCAAGAUACUAAUGCAGCUGUCUCCGGCUAUUCCCACUCCCAGGAUGAAGCUAAGGAUGGACUGCAUCAAAGUAGCAGCACUCGAGCUUCGCUGCAGCAGCAGCAGGAAGCAGCAAUGCAGGCAGCAGAAAAGCUUCUGCAGCGGUUUGAUGCUGCAGUGCUAGCUGUUGAGAGACAGGUGCUGCUGCUGCGGCGGCGGCAGCUGCUGGAGUGGCGGUUCUUGAGGGAGUUCAGGGAGCAGCGCAUGCAGCAGCAGAGUCUGCACUUUGCUCCGUUUCUAUGGAGUUUGCUGCCUGACGACGGGGACGCUGCAGAGUCUCCUGCCGCAGCAGCAGCAGCAGCUGCUGCAGCAGCAGCAGCUGCUGCUGCUGCUGCAGGGCCUACUGCGCCAGGAGACACACCAACAGCAACCCAGGGGCUCGCUGGCACUGUCUUGCUGCAGCUUAUUCAUCGCUCACCAAAGGCAGUAACAGAAGUGCUGCUGGAGUUUCUACGUACAUCGCCCUUAGGGCAAUUCGAAGGGAGGCUGCGGUGUCUAGAAGGGGCGAGCUAUUGCAGACGGCUGCUGCUGCAUGGAGCAGCAGCAGGUGGGGUUGCUGCUGCAGCAGGAGCUGCUGCAGGGUCUGUUGUAGAACUGGGUGCAGCAAAGGCAGCAGCAACAGCAGAGGCCCCCGGUGCAGAGGUGGUUUGCUUUGUUAUGGGGGCUGUUGCUCGGUUUGCUGUUGCUGCUGGGUGGCUGAAGGCAGUGCAGCAGCAGCUGCAUGCAGCAAGAAAAGAGAUGGAUGGUGCUGUGCGGUGUUUGACGUCUUUGGCUCGUUGGGAUUUGUCUAGCAGAACGGCAAUGAGGGAAUCUGUACACAAGACGCACGUACAGCUAGCGAAGCAUAUAAAGACAUUUGAUGGGGCUUUGCUGCAGUUCAUGCAUGCAGCAGUGGGGCCAGUGGAGCAGCAGCUGCAAGAGCGGCUUGUUGCUGCAGCUUUGUCUCUCCCGCUGCUGUCUCCUUUAGCUACUGUUCGCUCUGCUGCUGAGAGUACUGCAGACGUUGCUUCCUCUAGCAGCAUGCAAGCUUGCGCCGCGCCAGCAACAGCAGCAGCAGCAGCAGCUGCUGCUGCUGCUGCAGAAGCAGGGGGCCAUCCCUCCUCAAUGGACGCAGGAGAAGCAGCAGCAGCAGCAGCAGCAAGUGCUGUGGGGAGGUUCUUAAGCUUGUCCCUUGGCCUUGAGGAGACAGUAGAUAUAGAUUACAGGUGCUUACAAGACCUGCAUGCAUUCUGCAGCAACUCAACGAGUGCAGCAGAUGUAGCUCUGGACGUGCAGAGUGUAUGCGAAGAUUUUAGUGCUGCUGUCAAAGAGGCUGCAGCUGCGUCAGCAGCAGCAGUUGAAGACCAACAGCAGCAACAGCAGCAGCAGCAGCAGCAGCAGGAGGAGGAGGGAGCACCAGCAGCAGGCCGAGCCAAGCGUAAGAGACAGUUGACACGGCAGCAAAUGCAAAGAAAAUUCACAGAGCUGCGGGGGCUGCUGCGUACGCACUUGCAGCUGCCCUGUCUGUCUCUUUGUGGAGGAGACACUAGUCUCUUUGCUGCUGCUUUAAAUGAUGCUAGCGGCCUCCCGGGGCCUCCUGGGGCUACUCACCCGCUGCAGGAUGCAGCAGCACUGCAGCAGCACGACACGGCAGCAAGAGCAGCAGCUGUUUUGUCUCGCGGGGCAAAGAAUAAACAGCCUCUGGCUAGCUGGCUAGCCACAGAAGCAGCAAAGGAGACACCCAAGGCAAUCGGAGAGCUCCUUGGAGACACUUGGGUCUCUGCUGCGCAGCAGUGGUAUUUGCUGCUGCAGUUGCUGCUGCAGUGCCAGCAGAUAACGAAGCCUCACAAGGAUGUGCUGGCGCAGCGGGAGCUGCUGCUGGGGUUUGUUGCUGCUCUGGUCCUGCAUGCGCUGCAGCAGCGGCAGCGUUGCUGGGAAGCUGCUGCGCAGUAUCAGGUGCUGGCAGACGCAGCGGCAGUGUCCUUGGUGUCUCCAUCUGUGACAAUUCCUGCUGCGCUGCAGCAGGGGCUGCAGCAAGCAGCAGAGACACUGCAGCAAGCUUUGCAGCAAGCUGGGGCCCUCCUCCCCACCCUAACAGAGGCAGCAGCACAAAAUGAUGCUAUAGACCUUGCGUUUGCUGCUGUCUCUUCUGCGUCUGGCAGCAGCACGUCAGCUUCAUUAGCAGCAUUUGAAGGCAAAGGACACGCCUCUAUUGGGGCGCAGCAGCCUGCAGCAGCAGCAGCAGCAGCAGCAGCACCUGGUGGUGGUGCUGCUGCUGCGGAGACAGAUGAACGCCGCAUGCUGCGCCAUGACGUGCGACAGCUGCGGGGGGCUUGGGAGACACUUCGCAAGGCUCAGCAGCAGCUGGAGGUGCUGCAGCAGCUUCUCCUCAGCAGCCCCGAGGCUCGGCGGUUGUCUGCUGCUGCAACAGCAGCAGCAACAGCAGCAGGAGGGCAGGGAGAAGGCGUUUGCAUGCGCGUGCGGUUGCAGUGGCUGGGAGAGGUUAAAACUGCAUGCGAGGAGACACUUGCCUUCAUGAAGGGACAAGGAGACGAAGGGAAGGGAGACAGAGGUCUCUUCAAUUUGCUGCCAACGCAUGCAGCUGCAGGCCUUCGCAAAGCCUGCGAAGUGCUGCAUGCGCAGUCUGCUGCUAUUGCUGCAGCUGCUGCAGCUGCGCAGGAAGAGACAGCAAACAACAGCAGCAGAGGAGACACAGCCAUAGCGAAAGCCACGGAGACACUUCAAUUUGCCCUAGCAGCAUGCAAAGGAGACACCCCACAACCAGCAGUGGACCUCCUUCUUCAGCUUCCCAGCCAGCUUAACAAAGACAACGUGCAGCAGCAGCAGCAGCAGCAGAAAGAACAACAGCAUGAGCAGCAGCAGCCGGUGUUUGCAAGCCUGCCUGUGCCGUCUCUCGAGUGUCUCUUCCCCUUCAAGCAAUGCACUGCCGCAGUUGAGGCCUUCACAAGAGCAGCACCUGCAUACGUGGUUCGCCCCUUGCUGCAGACGCCCGCAGCAGCAGCAGCAGCAGCAACAGCAGCAGCAGCAGGAGCCGGAGCAGGGCCAGCAGCAGUAUCUACAACAGGGAACAGCAGCAAAGCGAGAGAUGUGGUGCUGCUGACGCUGCAACGGGCAGCAGCAGUUGUCUUAGCUGCAUUUGAUGCACUGGAAGGGACAACCCGAUUAUGCUUAAGUUUGCUGCGGCUUACAUUAGUGCUGCUGCAGCUAGGGUGGGGGCGGCUUAGCAGCGAGGAGGAGGCAGCAGCAGCAGCAGCAGCAGCAAGGCCUGAGAAGCAGAAAGAUGAAUGGAUAGCAGCAACAGGAUUAGGAGAAGGCGAUGGUGCUCAAGACAGAUCUGAAGAUAUCAAAGACGAAUUUCAGUUCGAUGGCCUUAGAGAUGAACAGCAAGACACCCAGCAGCAGAAACCCCCAGAGAAGCCCAAGACCCAAGAAGAGGAUAAAGCGCUGGAGGUGUCUAUGGACUUUGAAGCACAGGCUGAGGCUCCCCCACCUUCUCAGCAAGACGGCAGCAAGCAGCAGCAGCAGCAGCAGCAGGAGCUGGAGGAUAGCGCGGGGCAAGUUGACCUGCAAGAGGGAGGACAAAUAGAGAAUAAGAGAUGGGCUGGAGAUGAACAGUCAGAAGAAGAAGAAGACAAGGAGACAAAACAAAAAAAUAAACAAAAGGAGACAAUAGAGACAGAAGGAGGAGUCCCUCAAGGUGAGGUAGAGAUGGAGGGCGCAAAAGAAAGCGACGACGACGCCUCGCACAGCAACAAGCCCACAGAAGGAGAGCAGCAGCAGCAGCAGCAGCAGCAGCAGCAGCAGGACUCGAACAAGACCCAGGAUGAGGAAGUUGAUGAGGGAAGCCUUGAGGCCCCUGGUUCUGACGGCGACGAGUUAGAGCAGCAGGAAGCCCCACACUAUCAGAAAAAGCUGCGGGGAGGAGACAUGGAGAGAGCAGAAGAGACAGGUGACAAUCCGGAGGAAGUAGAGGGCGAAGCCGAGGAGACUGGAGACGAAGCAUCAGACGAGGCCUGCGACAGCGAGCAGCAGCAGCAACAGCAACAGCAGCAGCAGCAGGGUCGGGGGGAAGGCCCCACAGAUAGUUGGGGAGACGACUUGCAGCUUGAAGACGCUGAUUUAGAUGGAGACGGAGAAGAAGGAGACAGCCAUGAGGAGGCGUCUGGUGAUGCAGAGGAGACAGGUGCUGCGGAGGAGACAGGUGCUGCAGAGGAGCAGCAAGAGAAUGCUGGUGCAGCAGACGGCAGCAGCAGCGGCAAUGCCGAUGCUGAGGAGGGAGGAGACAUGGCUGUGGAUUCAGGCGAUCCGCAGCAGCAGGGGACACUCGAUCAAGAGCAGCAGCAGCAGGACCAAGAGCAGCAGCAGCAGCAGCAGCAGGACGGGGCCUCUGACGAAGCAGCAGAUGCAGCAGACAACAGCAACGGCGCUGCAGCAGGCACACAAGAGGAGGGCUCUGCUGAGGAGCCAACAGCAGAGGGAGAAGAGAUAGAGAAAGAAGAGACAGAAGAAGAAGAGACAGCGGAGACAGACGACAACGACAAGGGCGUCCACCAGGACCCCUCGGUUCAAGGCAUCGCAGCGCCUCUCAAUGAAGAGGAAGAUAAUUCAGUUGCUGCUGAGAAGCGCAGACAGCCGCCACCUAAACAAAAACCCCACAGGGCCUUUGGAAUAGAAGGAGAGGGCAGUCUCGUGCAGCGAGAGACAAUAGAAGGAGACGGGGAAGAUGGAGGAGACAUAGGAGACGAUGGAGCGGAUGGCUGGGAGGAGGAUGGGGGAGAUUCUGCUGCAGCAGCAGCAGCAGCAGCAGCAGCAAAAGACGGUAGCUCCUUGUCUCGCAAUAGCGGCAGCGGGGGCUCUCAAGAAGGAGACAGUAGGAGACACCCCCCUCGCUCUUCAUUGCCGGCGAAUCCCCUUGAAGACACCGAAGCUGUGGAGCGCUGGCUGCAGCAAGUGCAGCUGCUGCAGCAGCAGCAAGACCAAGACAGCGACGCUGCUGCCGCUUCCGUAGAGCCAAACAAAGGGGAGGAGGAUGCUGCUCCCGAUGGAGGUGAGGAGACACCUCAGCUACAGCGGGGACAGCUCUGUCAGCAAGACGAAGCAAGAGGGACCCACGAAGCCUUUGCAGAAGCAGAGGAGAAUUCCGCCUCCCAGAGCACCAACAAUGCGAAGCUGGCGGAGACAGACACCUUAGUUGUGGUGUACAGGGAGGACGCUGAGAACGGCGGCGAGAGAAAAACAGAAGAGCAGCAGGAAGAAGACAAAUUAAUCUCCGCUAGAAUUAAUACAGAGCAGCAAAAGACAGCAGAGAAGAAGGGCGAAGCUCGCGAGGUGUCUGUACACCUUGGAGGAGACAGCGCAGAGUUCAUGGAGACAGACAGUCAAGGAGACGAAGAUAUGGAUGAGGCCUCCUCUCGCUUGCUGCAGCAGCUUGAGCCGCAGCAACACCCGCAUGAAGCAGCGGAUCCCUCGCAGCAGCAGCAGCAUCAGCAGCAGCAGCAGCAGGGGGACGCAGCAGACAACAAGAGCCGUCAAGACCUGCGGCAUCCAGAAGAAGAUGAAGAAAAGACAAAACAAAUGGAGAUAGAUUUCCAGCAUAGAGUGUCUCUAGAUGACGUAGGCAAAGAGGGACUGUCUCCUGAGCAUGCAGCAGCUCUUUGGCAUAUGCUAGAAGGCCGCACUUCAGCAGCAGCUGUUAGCCUCAGCGAAACGCUUCGUCUCGUGCUGCAGCCCACUGCCAAUGGGGCUUGGGAGGGAGGCUACCGAUCAGGAAAGAAGCUGAGUCUGCGCCGCGUGUUGUCUUACGUCGCCUCAUCUCAGCGAGAUGACCGCCUGUGGCUGCGGAGGCGUCGAGCGCAGGGGUUUAAUUAUCGCGUGUUUGUUGGUAUUGACUGCAGCAGCUCUAUGCAGCAGCUUAAUGCUGCAGCUAGUGCUAUUGAAGCCGUUGUUCUAUUAACACAAACCUUUAAUCUUCUUCAGAUCGGCACCGUGAGUGUUUGUACAUUUGGAGGCCCCAAGCCGGAGGUGUGCAUACACCCCACGCCUCAGGUGUCUGCAGCUGAGGGGCAGAGGCUCCUUCAGCGCUGCAGCUUCAAAGAGGAAUCGCAUAAAAGUCAUGAGGUAGCUAUAACAGAUAUGCUGCAGCUGGCGAUACAUGAGCUCGACAACGACAGCGGCAGCAGCAGCAGCAGCAGCAAUACCACCACCAUGGUUCUUAUCUUAUCUGACGGAAGGUUUAAUAAGGAGCAAGCAAGGCCCUGGGUGAAUGCAGCAAUUGCAAGAGGGUGUAUCCCUUUACUGCUUAUUCUAGAUCCCGAGCAGCAGAAGCAGAAGGGUGCUCCUACUGCUGCUGCUGCUGCUGCUGCUGGUGGGGCCCCUCCCCACAGCAGCAGCAUAUUUGAUUUGAAGCAAGUGCAGCAGCUGCCUGGGGGGGGCAUGGAGGUGUCUCCUUAUUUGCAAGAUUUUCCUUUUCCUUAUUAUGCAGUUGUUAGAGACACUCGGCAACUACCUGCGGUGUUUGGGGAUAUCAUUCGCCAGUGGGUAGAGGCUGCGAAUAGCAGGGCUUAA